AUGACUGGCUACAUGGCCUAUUCGUUAUGCUUGGGGAUCCCACCAGACACGGACUCAAUGGACGCUAUUGAUCCGACAGCGAUUGCAGCGAUGCGGGAUCGAUUUAGUGCUACUCAUACCCAACUUCAGCAUGUGCAUUUUUCCACGGUACGAUUGUCGUCUUCCAGGACGUUUCUUAACGUGGUGGUGAACGGACCUCUUGCUGCCGUCCAAGCUGCGAGAGCUGAUAUCCUACGACAAAAUCCAGUAGAGACUAGGCUGGUCAUCAAAUCUUUCAAUCCCGAUUGUAUCCAUGCUCCUGGCAAAAGGCAGGUCCUUAUUGCUGGUCUUGAUGACAUUGCAUCCCAUACCCACUGCAAGUUUCUUGUGCAAGACAUUUCAGAACCAGAGAUCAUCGUAUCAGGCUCACUGGAUGCUGCUGAAUCAGCUCGUGUUCGCAUCUUGGUCUUUCUUGAUCAAAUGAUGGGUUUACGCACAGACACCUUGCAGAUACCCUAUUAUCUUCAUAAUCUUAUUGCUGGUCGCAAGCAUAUCAAUAUCCAAUCCAUUCUGGAAGAAACCAAUACCAACAUUUAUCUUCAAUCGCCUUUCACAAAGCUCGGUGAUUCUCAACACAUGGCUAUUCCCGUGGCUGAUCGAUCGGGUACCAUUCAUCUGACUGGCGAUAGUGCGGGUAUUUCCCGUGCACAGGAAAUGUUAAAGAAAUUGACCACGCAAAAGGCCAAGUCCAUGUAUCACAAGCAAUCGACAAUGCAUCCAAGAAAACUCGAUUGGAUCAUGCUCCAUCAACAAGGUCAAUUACGAAAGAUUAUGCGAGAUAAUGGGUCCUUCAUCGCUUUUCCUGCACUUGGCUCUGGUAGCAAUACCAUUACGGUGUAUGCCGAGAACAGAAUUAAUGUGGAACGUACUCUCAGAUCGCUCAAUUAUUUGAUCUACAAGGUAUAUGAAGUCUCCUUCUGCAUCAAGCAUUCAGGCGAUGGAUCACAACGCGUAGAGGACCCAUUGCAUUUAUUUGGAUCACCUGAAGCAUUGACGCAACUCUUACAACGUAUCUCCCAAGCCUCUGGUGCUGAAUUGAGUUAUCGUACUGAGACUGGUCGAUUCGAAGCAUUUGGUAUUGAACAAGCCGUGCAUACCGCUUAUCAAAUCCUUUCUGGCAUACCCGUGCUCAAAAUGCACCAUACCCUAAGCGUAUUUGCAGUCGAGCUUGCAGCAGACCAACGUGAAUUCUUGAGCGGCAAAAAGAACGGCAAAGUCAACAAGAUCAUGAAAACGUGUGGUGUGCGUAUCAAGUUUCUUGCCUUCAACGAAUACAAUUUUGUGAUUACGGUCGAGAGUGAUGAUCCUGAUAAGGCAUUGGAAGGAUUGCGCAUGCUACAAGACGAGCUACCAGCCGAGAUGUCAUUUUUUGUACCUGAGAUAUACCAUCGGCGUAUCAUUGGUGUUGCCGGCAAGAACAUUCAGCGUGUGAUGAAACGUUUUGGUGUCUAUGUCAAGUUUUCGGGUGCUGAGGAAUUCACAUCCUUGGGAGGCUAUUUUGAGAACGAGCAUAAUGUGGUAGCACGCACACCCAUGAAGAAUCAAGCCAACCUUGAGAAUCUCAAAGCAGCCGUGAUGGAUUUUGUUACGUUUGAAAAGGAUCGAGAUUUCACGACCAGCGUUGUACGCAUUCCAUGCUAUCAACAACGCACCAUUUUACACGUCCAUGGCAGCGAGAUACGAGAGGCAUGCCGUACACACAAUACACGAGUAUGGUGGCCCGAGAGAUCAGGCACAGACCAAGUGGCUGUCAUGGGACCUGCCUCUCAAAUUGGUGCCGUGCUGCAACUCUUGAAUACCAUGAUUGAGCGAGAAGCCCAUUUCUUAAUACCCUUAACUGAAGAGUUGCGUCAGCUAUUCACGGACAAGGCCAAGGAACUCGACACUCUUACACGUCACCUGACAAAAGAUUUAAAGAUGGAAGUGCGUUUACCGGAUCUCGAUAGCAGCAGCAAUCCGCCACCCACCACCACCACCACCUUGUCAACAGCCCAUGUUCAAUGGAAAUCAUCCACACCCAUCGUGCGAGAUAUUCGCGUGAUUCGUUUGCAUUAUAAACAAGAACAUGGGAAGAAUGUAUCGAAUGCCAAGGACAAGUUGUAUCACUUUUUCAAGCAACACAAUGUCCCAUGCGAUAUGGCAACAACAACAACAACAGCUGCUACCAAUGAUACCAGUCUUAUUUCUCCCACAUCGGAUGACUCGUGUCUCAACAUUGACCAGGAUACAUUGGCAGCCAUCCCAUCGCCUAACGAUGAUGCUACCAAGCAACCCACACCCCAAGGUAGCAACAGUAGCACUACUACUACUGCUGGAGAGUACAACUUGUUCAAUGGACCCUUACCAUUACCUGCAUUUGAUGGCUCCUCGUGGUCGAUAUUCCCUGCUGAAGAGAAAAAGAAUAGCAAAUUGGGUGAAUCCAACUUGUCACUCAAAGAUGGUCCUUUACGUGCUAUUUUUGAAAACAUGCCUAGUUCACCUCCUCAUCCAAUGGAUCGUCGUCGUGCAUCUACCGCUGUGUUAUCGACCCCUAUGCCGGGAAAGAACAUUUGGGCCUCACCUCGUCUUCAAGCGAGCAAUUCAUGUUCUCCUCGUAGUCGUCAAGGUCUUAUGCAGGAUUCGGCGACGCGACGUUAUCAUGCACCUCCUAUGCCGUAUACCUCUUUUUCAGCAACGACCAGUAAUCAUCGACCCAAUUUUCAUCAAUCGAUGCCCGAUAUCUUUUUUGGUCAUGAUUUGUUUCCAGUCUCAGGUGCUGCUGCUGCCGCACCACCACAGCCACUACCAUCCUCCUCCUCCUCUGCUACAGCAGCAGCAGCAGCAGCCAUGUAUGGUGGUGGAGGAGAUCAAUUUGUACCGGUAACAACCACACCUCCUGGAAGUGAUCGUAUGUUUGUCCCUGUGAGUACUAGCAAUAGUACAGGUAGUAGCAGCAGCAGUGGCGGCGGUCAUCAUCAUUGGGUUCGUCACCAACAACAACAACGUCAACAACAAUUGCCUACUCCACCUCCAAGCAUGACGACGCAUCAUCAUCAUCAUCAUCAUCCUCACUUGCAUCACCCCAAGCUCGAUGAAAAUGUCAGCGAUGGUAACGCGUUGCUUCUUCGGUCUUGA